CUCCGGCGGUUACGUUUCUGAGGUCGGCCGGUGCGUCUGUGUUUCCACAAAGUUGGUGCUAGUGAAAGGGCUGAAAAGCAGGGAGUUUCGUUGUUGGUUCGACUUGGUAGGGUCCAUGGCAGCUGCCGUAGCGGUUACUACAGCUCAGCGUGUACGCCGGUGUUUUCUUCUACAUGGGGCCUUCCAAGUUCACCCUGGCAGAGGGUGUCGCUCUGGGGUGCCCGUGUGGCAGCAACAGCCGCAAGUACUAGAAGUGUCUCCCGCUUCCACUCAGGAGAUUACAAGAAGAAAAGGAUUUCUAACUGAACAUGCUGCCCCUUUCUCUGCGUUCCUGACUGACGGGUUUGGUCGCCAACAUAACUACUUGAGGAUCUCCUUGACUGAGAAAUGCAACCUCAGAUGUCAGUACUGCAUGCCAGAGGAGGGAGUUCAGCUUACCCCCAAAUCUGAAUUGCUGAGCCCUGAGGAGAUCAUCACUCUGGCCAGGCUCUUUGUGAAGGAAGGUGUGGACAAGAUCCGACUGACUGGGGGAGAGCCUCUCAUCCGGCCUGAUGUAGUUGACAUCAUAGCUCAGAUGCGCAAACUAGAAGGGCUGCAAACCAUUGCCGUCACGACUAAUGGUAUCAAUUUAGCCAGAUUGUUGCCCCGGUUGAAGGAGGCGGGCCUGGAUGCCAUUAACAUCAGCUUGGACACAUUGGUCCCAGCCAAAUUUGAAUUUAUUGUCCGUCGAAAAGGUUUCCACAAGGUGAUGGAAGGGAUUCACAAAGCCCUUGAACUUGGGUAUGAUCCUGUUAAGGUGAACUGUGUAGUUAUGAGAGGUCUUAACGAAGAUGAGCUAGUGGAUUUCGUGGCUCUUACAGAGAAGCAGCCCCUGGAUGUACGCUUCAUAGAAUACAUGCCCUUUGAUGGCAACAAAUGGAACUUCAAGAAAAUGGUGAGCUAUAAGGAGAUGCUGGAUACAAUCAAGCAAAGAUGGCCAGAGCUGGAAAAACUGCCAUGUGAAGAAGCCUCUAGCACUGCUAAGGCAUAUAAGGUGCCACAUUUUCAGGGACGAGUCAGCUUCAUCACCUCAAUGUCUGAGCACUUCUGUGGAUCCUGUAAUCGAUUGAGGAUCACAGCUGAUGGAAACUUGAAGGUGUGCCUUUUUGGAAACUCAGAAGUGUCCUUGCGGGAUCACUUACGAUCUAAUGCCACAGAAGAAGAAUUAGUUCAAAUCAUUGGUGCAGCUGUUGGCAGGAAAAAGAAACAACAUGCAGGAAUGUUCAGCAUUUCCCAAAUGAAGAACAGACCAAUGAUCCUCAUUGAGGCAGCAUCGAGGUCAUUCCCACUGCUCCAAGAUGACUUGCAGGACCGAACAAAUUUAAAUGACUGGAGCCAUAGAAUUGACCACUGGCUGACUCUGAGAGCAAGUUUAUCCAAACAGAUGGGGAAGACAUUUAAGAAAGAUGUCUUUACAGGACAUCGUGCCUUGCCAGGAGCUUGUUCAGCGCGACAGCUUGCUUCAAGAAUUCUGCAGGCUCAGCUUGGCAGCCAUUGCAUUUGCCAAAAGAACUUGAGCUCCAGCUUGGCAGCAAAGUGCCUUAGAACAGGAACUCCUCUCUCUAAGCAGACUUUUCACAUGAUUAGAGGCAUUCCUUCUGGGGUGACAAGAAAUGAAACAGCAGAGAAGAGUCACAGACCUCUUCCCAUUGCCCAAUUUCUUAGUGCCUCAGAUCGUCUAACCCACAUUGACCAGGAGGGCCAUGCAUCCAUGGUGGAUGUGGGUAGGAAGCCAGAUUCUGAAAGAACUGCACUGGCCAGUGCUGUGGUCCGUCUGGGUGAGAAGGCAUUUAUCUUGGUGCAGCAGAACCAAAUGAAAAAAGGGGAUGUGCUGGCAGUUGCUCAGAUAGCAGGCAUUCAGGGAGCAAAGCUGACCAGCCAGUUAAUUCCACUGUGCCACAAUAUCCCACUGAGUCUGGUAGACGUCUCUCUGACUCUGGAUGACAGGAGGCAUGCAGUGGUGAUCCAAGCUCUGUGCCGCACCCAUGGGAAAACAGGUGUGGAAAUGGAAGCAUUGACCGCUGCCAGCCUAGCUGCCUUGACUGUAUAUGAUAUGUGCAAAGCAGUCACUCAUGACAUGGUCAUUGAAGAGGUGAAACUACUCAGCAAGAAGGGAGGGCAAAGAGGAGACUUCCAGAGAGGCUGACGCAGGUCUAAAGUUUCUGAAUGAAGACCUUAUCUGUGAGUCAUCCCUCUGCAUGGCUGUUUCAAAGGCGGCAUCACCAUCACAUACCAGGAACUGUGGGGAUCCAGCCACUGGGAAUUAUAACAGAUGACUUGAGUUACUGAUCAUCUUAAUGUUGUACUGACAGCUGUUUUUAAAUUACUUUACUUGCCUUGCUUGUAUGAAACAGACUUGGUUCUUCUCAUUUGCCUAUCUCUUGCCUAUGUAGCAAAUGGCCUCCUUGGCAGUAGUUUCUAAGUUCUUGCUUUGCUAAGGUUUGUUGGGCUUGCUGAAGUGUAGCUGUGCUGGGCACCUUAACUGUUCUUGAUAUACAGUUAAGGGGACCUGUAACUAAAAACACUUGCACAAUAAGAUUUCCACUGGUUAAGAAAAAUCUGAUCCAGAACUAGGAAUUCACAUUGGGACUGGGACAAAAGGCAAGUGAACAAUGACUUUAAUGCAUGGGCCUAACACUGGAAAAUGUAUGCUAUCCUAUGAGCCAUCUGCAUUUGGGCCAACUAAUGGUUUGGUACAAUGAGAAUAAGCUACAUUUUGUCUUGAAAAUGGAAAACAGAUGUUUGUCAACUUGGAAAAUUAAUGCUAAAUACUGGAAACCUAAAUCUGAAUAGGGUGGUUCAUGACAGAUGCUAUUGGAGGUUGCUGAUUCAUAGAGUCGCCAUAAGUCAUAAUCGAUUUGAAGACACAUCACAACAAGAAGUCGUCUCUGGCUCCCAGUAGUGGUGAGUGUUAACGGGGCACGUUAACUGCACAACAAAAUUAUGCCUGACACAGCUGCCAUUUCUCUUUCGUCCAAUCUGCAAUCUUUCUGGAAAUAAGUCUCCCCUCACCAAAAUCAUUUUCCAAAAGCUGUAGACUUGUUUCUUUUCUGCAGGAUAUUGGAACGAAUACUAUAUGCAUCCUUUAUUUAUUUAUUAUUUGAUUUAUAUCCCACCCUUCCUCCCAGCAGGAGCCCAGGGUGGCUUUGAUAGUUCACUGGGUUUCCAUAGCCACUCCAAAAUCUUUCUGUCCUGUUUAUCUAGAACCUCCUGGAUAACCAAAUUCCCUGUGCCCUUCAUGGUCGUGUUCAGGUUGAUGGAAGCCUAUGCCAUUAGCACUGUAUAAAGCUGUAACAAAUAUAGGGAAGCAACGUUUCCCAACAUGUAGUUAAGGGUGGUGUUACAUGUCAAGGUUUUCAGAGCAAACCCAAUUGUCUUAGGAACGUAGGAAGCUGCCUUAUACUGAGUCAGACCAUUGAUCUGUUUUGCUCAGUAUUGUCUAUGCUGACUGGCAGCAGCUCUCCAGGGUCUCCCACUCCUACCUGGGGAUGCAACAGGUUGCACCUGGGGCCUUCAGCCUGCAAAGCAGAUGCUAUACCACUGAGCUACGGCUCUCUUCCCCUCUUGAACUGAGCAGCCUAAUCCUGAACAUUAUUGGUCCCAAAUUCACCAGCAGUAUCUAAACUUUAAAGGCAUCCAUCCCUCUUACACAUGCUAUGUUGUGUGUGAUGCACACUCUUGCUGACCCCCUUCAUGUCACACCCUCCUCUCAUGUGCACAGCACUGUGCAUGCACAUGCUUGCCCUUAGGGGGUGGACUUGAUCAUCCUUUGUAUUUCUUGUAGGGAUCUCCUUAAAAGUUGAAUUUCAAAAGUGAGUUUAAGCAUUAAAAACUUGGUUUUUUACAUUUUUAAUACUUUACUUGAUUUUUAUUUUGAAUGUGUGGAAAUUCAUUGUAGCCCUGUAGCAUACAUUCUUAGCCAUCCUUCUGAUUUUUAGAUUGUGCCAGGAAUCUCCUUCAAAGUUUUAAAUUAGGCUGUAUAACCUAAUAUUGCUGCACCAGAAAAUAAAUGUUCCAUAUGAUGGCUUCCAAUAUGAGAAGUCUGCCAUGGCCACCAGAAAUGUCUCUUUGAAAGGGAUGAGAAGAACAAGAGUACAACUGUAAAAGAUGUUUCCACUGGAUAGUAACACACUGCAGGAAGACACUAGGGAUGAUAGGAUGCUAUUACAUUCCUGUUAAAGUUAAUAACAAAAGAGACCUUUAUUUUGUGAGGGUGUUCGUGACUUUUGUACCUUCAAUAAUAUUUGGCAUGCAAAGUCAUGUAGACCACACUCAAUUAUAUAGCUUCCACCUACCAGAUGUGAAGUUCCUUAAAAUAAAAAAAAAGAUACAUGGUGUACAUUUGGUGUUUUUGUUUUUGUUUUCCAUUCAUAAAUACACUGACAUUUCUUUUAAAAGGGAUUAGAAAUUAACUUUUUUAAUGAAUAGAACACUUAGUACAGAUGCUGGUUUGGAAUAAGUUUCUGUUGAUUUCUGAAAAUCUGUCCAAUAAUUGCAAACUGGGUAUAACCAGAUGUGAAGAUUCCUUAAGCUGGAAUUGCCCUUGAUUUUGCCUGUAGAGAAAUAAAUGGGGCUUCACUAUUUGGGUUUUGGCAAGAUGGCCUUUUGAUCCAUUUUGAGAGGAGUUGUUUUAUAGUUUAAGUUGUUAAAUACUAUUUUGGUGCCAUAAUCAAACACUGUAUAAUUCUUGGAUCUAUGUACAAGUUUGGUAUGUUUUCUAGAUAAUGGUGAAACUGGGACAGAAUUAUUUACGCACAGACUUGCUGAAGCACUGAAAUUAUUUUAUUGCUCUACUACACUUUUAAUAAAGAACAAUUGCAAGCAAUAUAA